AUGCCUACGGAACCGCCUUCAAAGAAAGUUAAGCUUGAUUUAAGUGAUCCUGACGAGCCUCUUACAAGGAGGGAUGUAAUUGCUUUUCAAAAGGAAGCUCUUUAUAGGUGUAUGAACCAAUAUAAACAGCAAUUAGGAUGUUUGAGAGAACAAUACGAUUUAGCCAAAUUGGAAAACUCAAAUAUAUCUACCCGUUUAGCUGAGAGCCUUUCUAUUUUAUCUACAAUAGCCCUUUCAUUAAAGGACAAUUGCGAUUCUGUCUCAGAGAAGGAACUUUUUGAUAAACUUUUCAGCAAUGAUAUUUUAGGAAUUUUUGAAUCAAGCGAUGCUUUAUCGAAACUUUUUAUAAAAUAUUAUGGUACUGCCAAAAAUUCCGAUCAAGCUACUAUAGAUAUUAAGCUAGAGAUUAAAAAUUUAAACAAAAUUAAAAAUGAACUGCUAGUGAAAAAUGAAAAUUUAACUAAAGAGAUUAAUGCUGUGAAAAAGUAUUACCAAAAUGAAAUUAGAAAAUACGAUAGAGAAGAUUCAUUAACUGUUAAAAGGGUUUUCCAAAAAGAGGUUGACGAAUCUGAAAAUUCUAUUAAGGAAACUACUUCUGAUAACAAUGUUGAACAAAAUGAGACUCCUCUGAAAGAUCAGACUUUAACGAAAACUGAAAAAGAUUUAGAAGGGGCAUCAAAUGAGAAACUUAUUAAUGAAAUCAAAAUAGAAAAUUAUGAUCAAGAAAUUUUAUCUUUAAAGAAAGUUAUAGAAAAUUUAGAAAAUACUAAAAAGCAAAACGAACAGGAGUUGGUUACUUUAAGAAUCCAAUUGUCACAAAAAAAUCAAGGAACUAACCAACUUCAGGAUGAGAAUUUAAUCCAAAGAUUAGAUAAAUUAACUUCUGAGAACAUAAAGCUAUCUAAAAUUAAUGAUGAAUUUUUAAAGAAAUUUCAAUCUUUGAAUGAGAGUAUGGAAAUAUAUAAUGGCACAUUAACAAAAGAAUUUGAAUCUGCUCAAGAUACUCUGAAAAAACAUAAUGCAUCGUUGGAAAAAGAUUUAGUUAGAAUUAGAUCGGCUCGUGAUGAUUUAUUAAGUAAAAACAUGAUCUUAGAAGCCCAAACAUCUAAAUCCGCGAUGAUAACUAAUUUGGAAAGCACCUUGUCAAUUUUGAAAACACAGUGGGAUAAAAUAGAAAUAAGAAAUUCCAACUCUACUGGUUUACCACAAGAUGCUUUACUAAAUGAAUUACAAGAUUUAGAAACUGCAUUCAAGGAGAUAUCCAAUACGAUAAACAUUAAAUAUACAGAAUAUUUGAAUACUGAAAAUGUAAUCUCAAAGUUAACUGUAGAAAAGACUAAAGCUGAUCAAAAAUAUUUUGCAGUAAUGAGGUCAAAAGAUUCUAUACUAAUUGAAAAUAAAAACUUAUCAAAAAGUUUGCAAAAAAGCUAUGAAUUGAUUUCACAAUUGAAAGAAGCCGAUAAACUUUAUCAACAAAAAAUUGAAAAUUUAAAUAAACAGUUAGAAUUAUCACAAAACAAUGAAAAAUCUUUAUUGAAUAAUAUGAAGGAUGAAGUAAUGAAGCAAAAUAAUCUUUCUUCCGAGAUUUCUCAACAAAAGAAGAUUAAUCUAAAUCUACAAGAAGAAAAUUCUAAGCAUAUAUCUUUAUAUACCACACUUCAAGGUGAAUUAGAUGCCGAGGUAACCGCCAAAAAUAAUUUGGCUUCCAAGAUCAAACAUUUAGAAGAUCAAAACUUAAAGCUCCAGAAAUCUCUACUAUCAAAUGGUAGUGGUGAUUCUUCCGGUUUAGCAGAAGAACUGGAUAACUUUCGUUCGCUAGUGUAUUGUACUCUAUGUUCUAAAAAUUGGAAAAGUACUGCAAUUAAAACCUGUGGCCACGUCUUUUGUGAUGAUUGUUGUAAGGAACGUUUAUCCUCAAGAAUGAGGAAGUGUCCAACUUGUAAUAAAGCGUUUAGUUCGAAUGAUUUAUUAUCAAUUCAUCUAUAG